GAAUAUGGUGUAACACCUGUUGUAACACCGGAACCUUGCUUGAACUUUUCUUUUACUCUCCAUUGCUUUAGAUAAAAGAUGUUGGAGGAGACUUUGCUGAUCGUGGGUAUUCUGUCUGUGGUGUUUAUGGCGAUUCGUGCGUAUGUACGGGGAGCGAAAUGCAAAAGUAAAGUAAAACUUCAUGGCAAGACCGUCAUCGUUACAGGCAGUAAUGUUGGCAUCGGAAGAGCCACAGCGGUGGAUUUAGCGCGCAGAGGCGCGAGGGUCAUUCUGGCUUGCCGUAGUCAAGUACGGGGCGAGGUUGCUGUGGCGCUUGUUAAGAGAGAGAGUGGGAGUCAAAAUGUGGCGUUCAUGCAGCUGGAUUUGGCGAGCUUGAAAUCAGUGCGCUCCUUCGCUGAAACUUUCCUCAAAACAGAGAAGAGACUUGAUAUUCUCAUCAACAAUGCAGGGGUUUAUAAGCAGGGCACUACUGAAGAUGGCUUUGGUCUUAUGUUUGGUGUCAAUCAUCUUGGCCACUUCCUCCUGACUAACCUGCUGCUGGACAGAUUGAAAGAGUGUGCCCCAAGCCGGAUUGUCACCGUUUCAUCAAUUAUGCAUAAAUAUGGGACCCUUGACUUUGACACACUUCGCACUCACAAAGAGUUUGGAGUAGGUGAGACUUCUAGGAGCAUCUUCUGGAUUUAUGCACACAGCAAACUGUGCAAUGUUCUCUUCACUCAUGAACUUGCAAAAAGACUACAAGGAACCAAUGUCACCUGUUACAGCCUCCAUCCAGGUGCUGUAAACUCCGAUUUAAAUCGCAAUCUCAGUAAAAUGACCAGGAGGUUGAUAAAACCCAUUACAACCCUGUUUUUUAAGGAUGUAGAAGCCGGUGCGCAAACAAGUCUGUACUGUGCCGUGCAGGAGGGCAUUGAAUCCCUGAGUGGCAGGUAUUUCUCCAACUGCGCUGUGCAGAAAGUGGAGCCUAAGGCUCAGGAUGAUGCUGUGGCCAAAAAACUGUGGGAAGUGAGUGAGACACUAAGUGGCCUGUCCUGAAUUCACCCAGGCCCUCUCAUACAGCAUUGUAGGUUUAAUAAUGUGAAUGAUAUUUCUUUCUUACUACAACCAUUUGCUUUAAAGAUUUGUGGAAAGAAGGACAUACAACAUUUCUGUAUUUACAGUGGGCUUAGAUUGACAAUGAAACUUGGUUGUACACAAUCAUCAAUAUGUUUACUUGAUUACGUUGUGAUUAUUCACUUCAAAUAAAAUGAUUUGGACAGA